ACCUGUUUUAAUCAUUUUUAUGACCUGCUAUAAAAAUUGUCAACCUGAUAAAACUAAGCCACUCACACCGAAUGUCCUCCUCCAGGAGGUGAAAGAGAACGAGUCUGUCAACAUCAACUUGUCGUGUGGAAACCACAGCGGAAACGACGUCAGCUGGCGUCACAACGGACACUUGAUAAGUAGCCAUGGCAACCAGCUCCACACCGUGGUCAAGUACCUGCAAGGCGGGAACUACACCUGCCACCGAGCCGACGGGAAACUCCUGCACCACACCCUGGUGCUGCAGGCUGGGAUUGGCUUCCGAAACAGCAUCCUCGUCCAAUCUGCUAGCUCAGAGCACAUUACCUGUUCGGCGAGGAACUUUGAUGGAAAGUUUCAGUGCAGUUGGCAGAAAACCCAAGACCGCAGCGAUGCAGAACUAUUUCACUUCACUGUUAAUCGUGGAGCAGAGAGGGCAGGCAACAUCACAUGCUCCAUGGGAGAGAAUGGAAACACGCUGAAGUGUGAAGACAACGCACACUGUCCUUACGCAGAGGAGCCCGCUCGCGUCAACCUCUCCCUCUACUUCAGGAGCACGUACCGCUAUGAAGUGUACAAUCCCAAAUUCUUCAUCUUCGAGAUUGUGAAACCGGAUAAAUUGACCAUCACCAAGGUGGGCGCACAUAACUUCACGUGGGCCAACCCUGAGACGUGGAGCGUGCCCCCCUGUUACUUUCAGCUCCAGUUUGAAGUCAAGCUGGUGCACGCAGCCCACUCCUGUGAUCACCAUGAGCAUCAUGGCAAGAUUGUGUUCACGACGGAGAGGAGCUACAAUGUGGUAAAUAGGAAGUUGUUGAAGAGAGGUUAUAAGCUGUGCGUGCGCGCCAAAGACGAGUCCUCCAACUCCAUAUGGAGCGACUGGAGCUUCUACCUGUAUAAUGCAGGUCCACAGAAGUGAUCUCAAAUCCUGUCAUGAUGAAGAUGAGAUGAGCACACUACUUUUUCACCACUCAAACCCCCUUCCUCCCCUAUGGAACCUCUGCUACCUGUGGUCCACAGUACAGGCUGCCAUCAUCCCGCUAAGAAUGUAUCCAAUACUGACAUCACUGUCUUUUUUGUUCUAAAUGCUGACCU